AUGUCCAGCAUCUUCUUGCCGUGGACAAAGAAUCGUCAACAUUUGGCAUACCCCCACACCACCACUACCUGCUGUCACAACAACAACACAGAAACAGAUCGUGCAGAUCCCUCAGAAACCAAUACAUCUCAGACCAAAGGUGGUGGUAAGAAACCGGUAGCCAAAUGCAAGAGACCCAACAACACAGAAAUGCAGUUCAGUGAUGACCAGGUAUUUAAUCAUUCCGUAUUUUCUAAGGGCAGUAGCUACACCCUUUAACUAUGGAUCUAUAAUAGAAUAUGAACACUUAGUAAAUGAAGCAGCUUUGAAAAUGGUGGGGCGACAGCGACAACAUUAUAAUCGACCACAACUUUGGUAGAGUGGAAUGAAAACGAGGAAUAAAAUUUCGUAUUUUUUUUUCAUAGUGUCCUGAGUUGUCUAGAGCAAUCACUGCCAUGUUUGGUUUUAUGUACUAUAAUGGGAUAGAUUGCGAAGAGGCUAUACUUAAAUAUGUGGACUUCAAUGAUCUGGUUUCUUGCACUUCACUUGGUGGUUUAAUAUUUGAAUGAUGUUCUUAGGAUUUGUAAUCCAAGUGAGUAUAUAUAUACAUUUUAAGACCUGAGCACAAGGUCCUCUGGUAGGAAUUGAACCUACGGCCCUGCGAUUCCGGUGCAGCGCUCUAACCAACUGAGCUACAGAGGCCAGCUGUUGAGCUGUAACCGUAAGUUCAGUAUAUAUAGGUGAUCGGGUGUGCGGGUUGUGAUAAGGUGGACUUCAAUGAUCUGGUUUCUUGCACUUCACUUGGUGGUUUAAUAUUUGAAUGCUGUUCUUAGGGUUUGUAAUCCAAGUGAGUAUAUAUAUAUAUAUACAUUUUAAGACCUGACCAGGAACGACUGCAAAAAAUGCAGAAACUGCGAAAAAUCAGGUCUUAAAAUGUAUAUAUAUACUCACUUGGAUUACAAACCCUAAGAACAGCAUUCAAAUAUUAAACCACCAAGUGAAGUGCAAGAAACCAGAUCAUUGAAGUCCACCUUAUCACAACCCGCACACCCGAUCACCUAUAUAUACAUGAACUUACGGUUACAGCUCAACAGCUGGCCUCUGUAGCUCAGUUGGUUAGAGUGCUGCACCGGAAUCGCAGGGCCGUACGUAGGUUCAAUUCCUACCAGAGGACCUUGUGCUGCAUUUUUCGUAGUCAUUCCUGGUCAGGUCUUAAAAUGUAUAUAUAUACUCACUUGGAUUACAAACCCUAAGAACAGCAUUCAAAUACUUAAAUAUAGUGACGAGUUGAACACUCAUCAAAAAUUUAACUAUAUGCGUUUAAUUAAAAAUCAUAAAUCAAUGAUUGAGAAUAUGUACCAAAGAGUGCGAUAUUUGCUAGAAAGUGAUGAUGAAGAUUAUGAUCGAGCAAAAGUCAUAAAAGAAUCAAUAUCAUUAUAUGCUUGUGUGUGUGUUGAUGUUCAUUCUCGGUUCGCACGCAUUCGUAAAGUUAUUGAAAACAAAAUCGGCAGUGAAUGUAGAGAAAAAAUCCGAGGAACUUCUCUUAGAGCAGGGAGUGCUACAAAAAGUACAGAGUGA